AGAACUGAAGCUGUUUUGUGAAUUGGACAAGAAGCUGAUCUGUGUGAUUUGUGCAGGUGGGCGGGAACACAGAGAUCACCGCUUCAUGCUGGUGGAUGAAGCUGUUGAAACCUACAAGGAUCAGGUGAAAUCUUCCAUCCAGUCUCUCACAAAAAAUAAAUCAGAGAUCCAGCGAAUGGAGCAGCAACAGAAACAGAAGAUUUCUGGAGUUCUGGAACAGUCACACAACCUUCAGUCCAAGAUCACAUCCCAGUAUGCUGAAUUGCACCAGAUUCUCACGGAGAAAGAACAGCACGCAUUGGCAGAUAUUCGGCAGGAAGAGAAGAAGAUUCUAAAUACAAUGGAGAAAAAUCUUCGAAAGAUUGAAAAAAAAUUAAAUUCCAUUCAGAUGGAUCUCUUAAAGUUGCAGCAACAGAUGCAUCAAAAAGACAGUGUGGUAUUUCUGAAGGUGAGGGGUUGGACUACAUUACAUUUCAGCUUUGAUUUUUGGUCUCACCACUAG